CAUAAAUAAGUAGGUAAUUUUUCUCUUCCAGAACUUCGCAGAAAACACUAUGAAUGAGCUCCUUGGCUGGUAUGGUUAUGAUAAGGUUGAACUGAAAGAUGGAGAAGAUAUUGAAUUCAGGAACUACUCUGCAGAUGGGGAAAGCCGCCAGCACAUUUCUGUUCUCAAAGAAAAUUCUUUGCCAAAACCAAAAUUACCUGAGGACAGUGUUAUUUCACCAUACAAUAUAAACACAAGCUACCCAGGGCUUGCCACGGGAAAUGGACUUUCAGACUCACCAGCAGGGUCAAAGGAUCACGGGAAUGUACCUAUUAUUGUCCCAUUAAUUCCGCCACCUUUCAUAAAGCCACCAGCAGAAGAUGAUGUGUCAAAUGUACAAAUAAUGUGUGCCUGGUGCCAGAAAGUUGGAAUCAAGCGCUAUUCCCUGAGUAUGGGAAGUGAAGUGAAAUGCUUCUGCAGCGAGAAGUGCUUUGCAGCUUGCCGAAGAGCAUAUUUCAAGAGAAACAAGGCUAGAGAUGAAGAUGGACAUGCUGAAAAUUUUCCCCAGCAGCACUAUGCUAAGGAAACUCCAAGACUUGCCUUCAAGAAUAACUGCGAACUACUUGUAUGUGACUGGUGUAAGCACAUAAGACACACAAAAGAGUAUCUGGAUUUUGGGGACGGGGAAAGAAGGCUUCAGUUCUGCAGUGCAAAAUGUCUCAAUCAGUACAAAAUGGACAUUUUCUACAAAGAGACACAGGCCAAUCUUCCAGCUGGACUGUGCAGUACAUUACAUCCUCCAGUUGAAAAUAAAGCAGAAGGCACUGGAGUACAGCUGCUGACUCCAGAUUCUUGGAAUAUACCGCUAGCAGAUGCUCGGAGAAAAGCUCCAUCCCCAGCGUCUGCAGCUGGCCAAAUUCAAGGUCCUGGACCAUCAGCGUCUACCACUGCCUCUCCGUCUGACACUGCCAACUGCUCUGUCACUAAAAUCCCCACGCCAGUUCCCAAACCUAUUCCCAUCAGUGAGAAUCCAAAUAUUCCACCAGUUUCUGUCCAGCCACCUGCUAGCAUUGUGCCUCCAAUUGGUGUCCCACCUCGCAGUCCUCCCAUGGUAAUGACAAACCGUGGGCCAGUUCCGCUGCCCAUAUUCAUGGAACAGCAAAUUAUGCAGCAAAUCCGUCCGCCAUUUAUUCGUGGGCCGCCUCACCAUGCCUCAAAUCCUAACAGCCCUCUGUCAAAUCCAAUGAUCCCUGGAAUCGGUCCACCACCAGGUGGCCCCAGAAAUAUGGGUCCCACCUCCAGCCCCAUGCACAGGCCAAUGCUUUCCCCUCACAUCCACCCCCCCACGACACCGACCAUGCCUGGGAACCCUCCAGGCUUGUUGCCCCCCCCUCCUCCUGGAGCCCCUUUGCCCAGUCUUCCCUUUCCCCCUGUCAGCAUGAUGCCAAAUGGUCCUAUGCCUAUGCCACAGAUGAUGAACUUUGGGCUGCCAUCCCUUGCCCCGCUGGUGCCACCCCCAACUCUACUAGUGCCAUAUCCUGUCAUUGUCCCUUUGCCCGUCCCCAUCCCCAUUCCCAUCCCUAUCCCUCACAUCAACGAUUCCAAGCCCCCCAGCGGUUUCUCCAGCAACGGCGAAAACUUCAUUCCGAGUAACUCCAGCGAGACGCCUGGAGCAAAGCCACCCAAUAGCUCUUCGUCCCCUCGAGAGUCAAAACAAGGAUCGUCCAAACCCUCCGACUCCUCUCCGAGCUGCUCAGGCCAGUCCCUAAAUCAAGCUCAAGUGCUUCAGGAGCACGGUAAAAAUGAAGUUGUUGACUUGACUGUCAGACCUAGUAGUCCUCUGAACAGUAAGUUUGGUUUCCCCAGUGUGCUACAGGGUCCGCAGGAUGGUGUGAUCGACCUAACGGUGGGCCACCGGUCUAGGCUGCACAAUGUCAUCCACAGGGCUCUACAUGCCCAAGUGAAAGUCGAGCGUGAGCCUAGCAGUGUUGUAAAUUUGGCUUUCGGUAGCUCAGACAAAAGGAACUGCAGCGACUGCAGGGACAAUUGCAGCCCAAUUGACUCAAAAACAUUACCAUGCGGUGACGCAGCCCACUGCUGCCCUGUCUCCUUGGCCUCCGGCACACCGGGACUGGAAGCCGGAGCAGCUGUGUGCAAUGUCAUUGUGAAUGGCACAAAGAGCACAGAGGGUUCCAAGAACCCGGAGCCACCCCAGGACCUGAAAAAGCCACAGCCCCCAGAGGAGUUGGCGGUGAGCGAGCUGGAGUCUGUGAAGGAGAAUAACUGCGCAUCGAACUGCCACCUCGAGGGAGACACUGGCAAGAAGGCUGGGGAAGAGCCCCUUGCCGGAGGAGACAAGCAGGACCCCAACCUCAACAAUCCGGCAGACGAGGACCAUGCGUAUGCUUUGCGGAUGCUGCCCAAGACAGGUUGCGUGAUCCAGCCUGUGCCAAAACCAGCAGAAAAGACUGCUAUCGCGCCGUGUAUUAUGUCAACGCCAAUCCUCAGCACAGGGCCAGAGGAUCUGGAGCCACCAUUGAAAAGGAGGUGUCUCCGAAUUCGAAAUCAGAAUAAGUAAAGGAAUGCUCGCCUACAGGGUACCUUGCAUGGAGAAAGGGAGCAGAGCAAACCACAUCGCUCCAUCCAACGACACCAGCUGGUCCGCUC